AUGUAUCUAUUAUUUCCUCAUCAUCCAGCGGAAGCAUGGAUGGAUCCACGAGAACAAGCGCUCAUUAUUAAAUAUCUUCAAAUAUUCAAUCAAACGACGAAUACACGAUCAGCAAUUAUGCUUGAAUAUGGUGCAGGAAGCAGCACAUUUGUUUAUAGUGUCUAUGUUCAUCGAUAUGUGAGCAUCGAACACAAUCUUGAUUAUUGUCGUAUACUAGAACGAAUGGCUACUAGUCAACCAAAUCGUUCUAUUACUAUUUCUUACAUGGAAUCUAAUUUGUCUGGAUUCGUGGAAAGAAAUCGGUUCGAGCAAAAUCGACCGCAAUCGAACAGCAUUCCUUCCAUUCAAAUUUACUGUAUUGUACCAACUUAUUCAACGUUAUUUCAUCGAUUUUGGGCGAGUCGCAAACGAAGCACUUAUUCGAUGUAUCAAAACUAUGUGGAUUUCAUUUCAACGUAUCUUGACAAUCAACUAUUUGACUUUGUUCUUAUCGAUGGACGAGCACGACCUCAGGCAGCCUAUGUCGUCUUAAAACAUUUGAAUGGGUUAGAUGCCAAAGUGUUCGUACAUGAUUGGAAUGAACGCAGCGCAUAUCAUGUGAUCAAAAACGAAUUUUAUGAUAUUAUUGAUCAGCAAAUCGAAAGUGAGCAAAUUGGUGGUGGAGGACUAGUCGUCUUGAAGAGAAAGCCUGGAAUAACAGGAAAAGCAAAGAUCGAUGAAAUACAAUGGACGAAUGGUGAAAGACCGAGCUGGUGGCUAUAA